UUUCAUAUCUCUGUUUGUGUGACUAGUUUGAGUUGUGUGAAAUUUUUUUGGUUUGAAUCCAUUUUAAAAAUCGAGAUACAAUUAUAAUUACUUUGAAUGAGAUUUUUUAUCUUUACCGAUGUUACGAUCGUGUUCUUUUCGUAAGCAUAUAGUGAAGAAUUCAUUCGCUAAUUCAGUGCCGCUAUUGGUCAAUGAAAGAUAUCCGUUUCGUUAUUGGAUGCAAACAAAAGAAGAAAUCUUAAUUCAGUUGUGAAAAAGAUACGAGAUUUGUUUUCAAAUAUUUGAAACACUUUAUCGAGACAGAUUCUAUGACAUCUCUUAAUCAUUAACACCAUAAUCAAAAUAAGAUAUUAUAUUUAUUGUUUUUUGUGUGAAUUUAUCCCCUCUUUAUACCACAUUAAUAUUAAACAUGUGUAAAUAAGGUUAACUCCUCGAAGAUUACUUAUAUUUUGUGAUGUCUAUUUUAAUCCUGCAACUGCUCUGCAAUAACACAUGAACAUAUUUCAACAAUAUCAUAUUAUAACAUAGAAUAUUUGUAAACUUUUUAAAAUGUUUAGAAAUUGGUUAUAUCAAUUUCUCUAAUGCUUAGUGAAUACAAUGAAAAGUAAAAUGCCACAAUUUCGGAGGAAAAAAUCGGGGAAAUCCUUUCCAGUGAAAGUCUCUACCUUGGACGCAGAAUUGGAAUUUAAUUUAGAAUGGAGAUCCACGGGAAGAGAUUUAUUUGACUUAGUGUGUCGAACAAUUGGACUCAGGGAAACAUGGUAUUUUGGCCUUCAAUACGAAGAUUCUAAAGGAUUUAUAUCUUGGUUAAAAUUAGAUAAAAAAGUUCAAGAUCAAGGCAUUUCACAACAGCCCACAACACCUUUUAUGUUUUUGGCUAAAUUUUAUCCCGAAGAUGUAUCAGAGGAAUUGGUACAAGAAGUUACGCAACACUUAUUUUUUCUUCAAGUGAAACAAGCCAUUUUAUCAAUGGACAUUUAUUGUCCUCCAGAAGCUUCUGUUUUACUUGCGUCGUAUGCAGUACAGGCAAAGUACGGGGACUAUGAUGAAGUUUCAUACCGCCCAGGAAUGCUGGCCAGUGAAGAUCUACUUCCACAAAGAGUCAUAGAUCAAUAUCAAAUGACUGCUGAAAUGUGGGAAGAUCGAAUAAAAAUUUGGUAUGCUGAUCAUCGUGGAAUGUCUAGAGAUGAGGCAGAAAUGGAAUAUCUUAAAAUUGCUCAAGAUUUGGAUAUGUAUGGUGUGAAUUAUUUUCCUAUUAGCAACAAAAAGGAAACAAAUCUAUGGCUUGGAGUAACGGCAUUGGGACUGAAUAUCUACGAAAAGGAAAACAAGCUCGCUCCUAAAACUACAUUUACGUGGUCUGAAAUUCGACAUAUUAGCUUCGAUGAUAAGAAGUUUGUCAUAAAACCAGUGGAUAAGACAUCGCCAAACUUCGUGUUCUUCUCGCAGAAAGUUCGCAUGAAUAAACUGGUAAAAAAACAGUCAGAUGUUGCCAGCUGGGUGAAGGGUUUGAUAGCUUUAGGAUUGGACGAACAUAAUAGUGACAAAGCUGCUGACAUAUUAUUUGUUAAGAUCCUGGACCUGUGUAUUGGCAACCAUGAUCUAUUUAUGCGAAGACGCAAGCCUGACUCCAUGGAGGUACAGCAAAUGAAGGCCCAAGCCAAAGAAGAAAAAUCACGGAGACAGGUCGAAAGAAAUAAGUUGGCAAGAGAAAAGCAGUUAAGGGAAGCUGCUGAACGAGAAAAAGCUGCUAUGGAACAGCGUCUUUUACAGUAUCAAGAAGAAAUUCGUUUAGCGAAUGAAGCUCUUAGAAGAUCCGAAGAGACAGCAGAUCUUUUAGCUGAGAAGAGUAGAGUUGCCGAAGAGGAAGCGAUGCUUCUUAGUCAAAAAGCAUCAGAAGCAGAACAAGAAAUUACACGAAUUCGGUUGAACAAUAUGAAAGCUGAAGAGGAGAAAGUACAUUUAGAACGGAAAACUAGGGAAGCAGAAUUAUUAACUGAAAGACUGGUACAAGAAUCCGAGAGAAGAGCUGCCGAAGCAGAAAAAUUAAAAGAUGAAUUGUUAAGAGCACGUAUUGCUGAAAAAGAAGCUAAGGAAAAGCUUUUAGAAUUUCUCAGCAGAAAUGCUUAUACUGCUACUAUAACACCCGUUCCAAAUCUGUUUCCUUCGACACAAGUAUUUACAUCAGAUUUACAAGCGGAUCUUCAAAAUUUGCAAUUAGAUGCUGAACCAUUGCCAUCUGAUUUGACAUCAUAUGAUCUUAUAGCCGAUGGUGAUGUAGAUCAAUUAUCUUUAGAAAUAGAAAAAGAACGAGUCGAUUAUUGGGAAAAGAGUAAACAUUUGCAAGAACAAUUAAGAGAAUUGCGAUCUGAAAUAGAAGUUAUGAAAGUUGGUGAGAAACAGUGUGAAUUAGAUCAGUUACACGAAGAACAGAUGAGACUCGGAGAAAAUAAAUAUAGUACAUUGAAAAAAGUCAAAUCAGGUUCUACUAAAGCUAGAGUUGCAUUCUUUGAAGAAUUAUAAUAUAAUUCUUUUCUCAAAAAAUACAAAAGAUCUGUAUUAUACAAAAUAUGGAUUAACGAUUUUGAAUUUAAUUAAUGAAACAUUCACUCUUCUUUUUUUUUUUUUUUAUAUAUAUAUAUCUGUAUACUUCCAUAGUUUAAAAAAAGAAUGAUAGAAAGGGCUAUAUAUAUAUAUAUGUGUAUUCUUUUUUCUUAGCAAACGUUAUAUGUUUGUUAAUAAUAAUGUAUUACAAAGAAUGAUCAUUAAGCUACUAUGUAAGCUAUUAAAUUUUGUUUAAACAUAUAUUGAUAACUGAAUUAUAUUUUUAUAAAUUCAUUAAUGACGAACUCUUAAUAAUUUUAGAGUUAUAUACUCUAUAAAUCUUUUAUUAAAAAAUGUUAUAGAAAAUGGAACAAUAUUAUGAUGUACUAAAGUUCUUUGACUAAUGCUCUUAAACAAAGCAGAUAUCUCCAGGUAUUAAAAUACUAAGAUAUCGAUAAAUACAUAUUAUAUGGUAAAUGCGUUAAUAUUGUAUUUUUUAUAUUUCAUUUUUCUUUUAAAUUAGUAUAUAUAAUUAUAGUGAAAUCUUCAGUAAUGAUUCCUUAGAAAAUUUGAAUCGACUAUAUUUUUUUUAUAUAUCACGCGCGCGCGCGUACACAUGAUACACACACACACACACACACAUGUAUAUAUAUGUAAAACAAUAGUAGAGAAUAUUCUUUUAUUUAUGCACUUUCCAUAUUAUUACAGGAAAUGAUAUUACAUGCAAUAUAAAUGAAAGUAUACAUUUAUUUGAAAAUUUAAGUUCGUAUAAAUGAUAAUUCUUUUUAUUUGUUCAUAUAAAAAUAUUUAUCAUCUGACACAGGUCCCUCUAUAAUAAGUGCUUUUAUAGCAAUAAUUUACACCGAAUGAUUUUAUAAAAUAGGAAUUUAAAAUAGUAUUUCAAUAAUUAUUAUACUUUCUGAAAGAAUUAGUUUGUCCCAUUUUUUUCUCUAUCUUAAUUUCUUUAAUAUUUAAAGAAAAGUGCCUUAUGAUAUAAGAACAUAUGCGAUAAAAGGUAUAAUUAUUAAACAUCCAUACUAUGUGUGCUUAUAUUUUGUUAUUAUGUGCGUAUUAUAUAAUAAUGUAUUUAUAGAUUACAAUGAAAUAUCAUUAAAUGUGUUUUAAUGGCCAUAGACUGCAAUACGUAAAGUAAGAGAAAUUUAUUAAAUUGUCGAGAUGAAUUAUAAUUUGUUAUAUUGGAAAUGACUUACAAUUCCUACAUACAUUGUAUGUGUGAGCGUAUGAAAUGUUUGUAUGGAGAUGAAUGUAAAUGUGUGGAUUUUAAAAUACUGUUAUAUUUUAUUAUUAUUAUUAUUAUUAUUUCUAAAAAUCUGGUCUAAAAUGUCAUAUGAAUGUGUAUAUAUAUAUAUAUAUAUAUAUUCAAGAGACAUUUAAAUACUAUUAUAUGAAAUUUUUUAAAUUAUAUAUAAACUCUUUGACCAAUUCAUUCAUAGUAUUACUAAAAUUUUGUAGUAGUUAGAUUAUUCCAGUAAUGCUUAAAUUUUAAAAUGUACACAUUAUUAGUAUAUGAAAAGAUUUAAAUUGACAUCAGUAUUCAAUGUAUUAAGUAUUAAACGAUUUAUUUUUACUUA